AUGCAACCAUUUCCUACAGCCAUCAACCGAGCCAGCGCAAGGUCAGGGGAUGUGAAGACGGUGUUGAGCGUGUUCUGGACUGGAAGCCCGCGUCAUUUUAUCAUUAAUAAAGCACAAGGAAGAGGUCCCACUGUUGAGAAGCAUCGUUUCCCGUCGGUCGGUGAUCUGGUCCGAUUCCAUCGGACGCGCCAGAUCCCGGUGACCGAAGGAAAAGUGUUUUUCUGCCUGCUGAUGAAUCCGGUCGAGCGAUCGUCGUCAAGAUUGCACAAGGGCAAGCAGAUGACCAAGAAUCUGAUCAAAGAGAUAUGCAAGGAGGCCCGGAUCAUGCGCCGCUACGAGCACAAGAACAUUGUCCAGAAGUUUUUCGGGGUGGCCAUUGCCACGCUGGUGGAUGGUGGUACUCUCGAUUCGUACCUGACCAAGAACGGCACUGAUAUUUUCCUCCAAGACAAAGCUCUACAUGCUGCUUCGACUGCCGGCGGACUGGAGUACCUGCACGAACAGGCUGCAUUCACCGGGAUGUCUCUUGCUCCAAACUGCCCUCGGUAUCUCCGGCGGGCGCGUCAAAAUCUCGAAUUUGGCCUGUCGCCGCUAGAUGAGCGCCGCCAGGCGCGCUACAAGCUAAAAGAUCUGCACCAGCGGCUGCCGAUCCGGUGGCUGGCCCCGGAAACGCUCAGGGAGCGCACCACUACGACGAAGACGGACGUCUACUCGUUUGGGGGUGCUGAUGUGGGUGUUGUUCAGAACAGGGCCAUCCCCUACCCGGGCAUGACCGUGCAAGAAGUUAAUGUACGAGAGGGAACCACCGCCCGCGCCGACAUGAUGCCGAUCAUCGCCCGCGACGUGAUGCGCAAGAAGUGCUUCCCCGAAAAGCCGGAGGGCGAUCGACGAUGGGUGAGGUGGGUGGAAAAUCAUAUUUUAAUAUCGCGG